AUGCUUCCUUCAACAUUGAUAGCAAGAACGGCCUUGCCGCGCCUCACCCCGACCCGUCUCGUGCACCGCUUACUCCGCGAACAACGCACCCUCGCCACCACAUCCAGACGCACACUCGCGCAACCACCGCCUACCUCGCCAGAAACCGAAGAACUCAACGAAGCCCAGCGCUAUCUCGCUAAUAAAGCUGCUCGCAAGGCGCAGCGUCUGAGAGACCCCACAGGAGCGUCCGCGCGCCACGCUUCGCUCUAUAGCCGGCUCUUUCCCGCGCUCCUCCGCAUCCUCGCCUACGGCAGCAGUGCGUAUUUUGGCCUGCAUCUGCUCUGGAAUGUGCUGGAUCGGGAUGAACAGACCAAGCUCAUGAAUGCUCAGACGAACGGACUCGAGGCGACUGCGAAGAGCAUUGUCGAGAAGGUGGAGCGGGCAAAAGAAAAGGUUGAGGGCGCAGCCGAGGCGACUGUUUCGAGUAAGCGAUGGUAUUGGCCUUUCUAG